AGAGGAGCACAGAGACCAAGUCCACUAUAGAGAUCGAAACGACUAUAAACAGUUGAAGGAGAAUCUCUCUCUCUCUCUCUCUCUCUCUCUCUGUCUCUCUGAGUUGCAGGACAAAAGCCAGUCCACAUUUGGUACCCAUCUGAUGGACACCCUCCUCGGUUGGAGUUGCGAAAGCAAGCAGAUGAAACUUUUGUCAGCAGCAUUGUUGUGCUUGUUUCUCAUUCUCAUGGUUGAAGAAGCAUCUUGUUCCAUGAGACUCCUCAAGCUGUCAGAGUUCCAUGCGAAGCUCCAUCAGAGAGUGGUCUACGGUCCCAAGGGAGACCUCGCUGCACCGGUUGCCCCACCCGGUCCGGAUGGUGCCAAGAAGAUGGGGAGGGUGUUCUAUCCAGUGGGAUAUGGGGGUGAUCCGACAGGGACACAAGAGAGCAGUGAGGCCAUCCUAAGUGCUCUGUCUGAUGCAUUCCGAGUUCAAACUAAGCAGCAAAUGCUGCCUGGAGUGUCUGACUUGGGUGGUGUGAUCCUUGAUCUGCAAGGUGGAACAUUCCUGGUCUCCAAGCCCAUUAGGUUUCCUGCUUCUGGUGGAGGCAAUGUCGUGAUACAAGGGGGCACGCUGCGUGCAUCAGAAACAUUUCCGAACGACCGGCAUCUCGUUGAGCUCUGGUCCCCAAAUUCUCCGGGUGCCGAUGAUCAAUCGACAUCUUACCCCAAGAAGGUCCAGAAUGACAGAAUCUACUACGAGGACAUAACUUUCAGAGACAUCCUCUUCGAUUCUAGUUUCCAAGGAGGAGGAAUUUAUGUGGUUGAAUCGGCGAGAAUUCGCGUAGCGGACUGUUUCUUUCUUCAUUUCACCACAGAGGGAAUCCUAGUGAAGAGAGGUCACGAGACUUUGAUAUCGGGAUGCUUCCUAGGACAGCAUUCGACAGUCGGUGGGGAUCCAGGAGAAAGAAACUUCACAGGCACAGCCAUUGAUCUUCAGAGCAACGACAACGCAAUUACUGAUGUCGUCAUCUUCUCCGCUGCUGUGGGAAUUGUUCUGAGAGGUCAGGCCAACAUGGUCACUGGAGUACAUUGUUACAACAAGGCCACGUACUUUGGUGGGAUUGGAAUACUGCUAAAACUAGCUGAACUAUCGCAAACCAGAUUAGACAAUUGCUACAUGGAUUUCACAGGCAUAGUCAUGGAAGACCCCGUUCAGGUACACAUUACCAACGGAUUCUUCCUAGGAGACGCUAAUAUAGUAUUGAAGUCGAUAAAGGGUCAAGUCUCGGGGUUGAAUGUAGUGAACAAUAUGUUCAAUGGCGAUCCGCGACACAUGACUCCAAUAGUAGCCUUGGAUGGCCAAUUCCCUAAUGUCAACCAAGUGGUGGUCGACAGCAACAAUGCGAUCGGAAUGAGCUUAAGAUCGACAGUAGGCAAACUGACGGUGAAGGGUAAUGGGACCAAAUGGAUUGCUGAUUUUUCAUCUAUAUUGCUCUUCCCGAACCAGAUAAAUCACUUUCAGUACUCCUUUUAUGCUCAAGGAGAGGUUGGGUUCCUCAAGCACGCAGUAACUAAUGUAUCAAAUAACGUGGUGGUCGUCGAGAGUGAGAAAGCAGUAAAUGCCGUAGUUUCCGUUGUCGUCGACCAGUACAGCAUGACCGGAGAAGUUAUCCAGUUCUAGAAUAGGGGAGAGUGACGUAGUUCCACUCUGAUUUCUUCUCCUCUCAUUUAUAGUGCUGGGGUUCAUCUAUGAAGUGCCUCUGAGAUACGAGGGGAGUUCUAUUGUGAUUUGAGAAUGUAAUGUAAUACCCUCCUAGCAUUAAAUUUUUUCAACCCUUGGCAAUAUAGUUUGCAAGGAAUGUUUUGAGUUUC